AUGUAUUCCAUUGAUUGGAGAUUAACACAAGUUUUUGGAGGUGACCGUUCGAUUCAAGAUGAUAUCAGUGAUCAAGACACUGUUUCUACAAUUGAAUUUUCACCUAAUGGAGAUUAUUUAGCAGCAGGUGAUUAUGGAGGACGAGUUAACGACGAAUUAGGUAAAGUUGAUUUUAAAUUCUGGACAGAAUUUGCAUCACAUGAAAAAGAGUUUGAUUGUCUUAAAAGUUUAGAAAUUGAAGAAAAAAUUAAUGUUGUUAAAUUUGUUCAUCAACCAACUGAUGACUUAACAUUAUUAUUAACAACAAAUGAUAAAACAAUCAAAUUAUGGAAAACUGCAUCAAGAACUAUGUACACUACACACUAUAAACAUGGAUCUGAAAUUCCUGAAUAUGUCCCUGAUCAACAAACAAUGUUCCCUGAAUUAAAACAAACAUAUGGUAAUUACCAUGGAUAUCCAAUACACUCAUUAUGUCCAAUGGGUGAUAUGGAAACCUUUUUAUCAGCAGAUUUCUUAAAAGUCAAUUUGUGGAAUUUUGAUUAUUGUGACUCUUGUUAUAACUUAAUUGAAUGGAACGUUGAUGAAUCAAAAGAAUUAAUCACUUGUGUAGAAUCAAAAGAACUUAGUGAUCAUAUAUUCAUGUAUGGAUCUUCUACUGGAACAAAAAGUUAUAAUAAUAAAAUAGUCUUUGUUAAUUCAGAUGAUUAUUCCGCUAAUCCACAACGACAAGAAUCAUUCCCUUCUAUUUCGUCCAUUAAAAUGACAAAAGAUGGUAAUACUUUAGUAGUUAGAGAUUAUCUGUCAAUUAGAAAAUUCGAUUUACGUAAAUCGGAUGGACCACUUUCUAUUGUUCCAAUUCAUGACCAUCUUAUUUCUAGAUUUUCUGAACUUGAAGCUAAUGAUGUUUUAUAUGAUAAAUUUGAUCUUUCAUUAGAUGGUACUAACCAAUAUUGUGUUACUGGUAGUUAUGAUAGAGAAUUUAUUGUUCAUGACUUAAAGAAUAAACAAACAUUACCAUUACUUAGUCAUAGAUUCCAACCUAAAGUUCUUGCUCCAUUACCACAAACUAUUCCUCGUAAUUCUAUUCCAAGCAAUGAGCCUCUUUCAACAAAAUUAUUAAUGAAAUACGCACCAAGAGAUCAUCUUCCAGGAAUGCCAAUUGAUUAUUCAGCUAAAGUGGCAUUGACAAGAUUCCACCCAACAGAAAAUCUUAUUGCAACAGCUGUUAGUAAUAAUCUUUAUAUUUUCAAUGGUUAUUAUACAAUGGGAUAA